AUGUCUCCUCCUUCUCUCCUCUCGUCACCCUUCCCACCAGAUACACCAGUAGAUCGUCCUCUGCCUCAGUCUGAAAAUGCUCUCGAUGACCGAGAACCGAAACACGUAGAAUGGGAAAAGGUAUUAUGGCGUAGACAACCCUUUCCGGAUGACUACGUCCCUCCUGACUUCUUGUCAGAACUAGAUGAUCUUCCCCCUCGACCGAUACCUAGACUGAUCCCCCUCUUUUUCGCUGCUUUACCCAUUUCUCUCCAUCUAUCAGUCAUAGCUCUCUUUCUAGCUGUGUUCCAUGCUUUACUGGAAGGUAACGUAUCCCCAGAGGACGUAGGUUGGAAAUGUGUAAUACUCGGCUUAGCAGGUUGGGCCAUCCACAAAUAUGGUUGGGGCAUACAUCGAUCUCAACCUCAAGAAGUCUCGAUCAUUCCCGCUCCUACCCCACUACGCACCCUCAUUUUACCUCCAUUACUCUUGAGUCUACUCAGCCCAGUCCUCGGUACGCUUACUUCAGCAACUACGAGCGAUAGUAUCUGGCCUCUAGCCGGUGGACUGGGAUUCGUCCAUGUCCUCUUGGCCGAUUUCAGGACAGGGGAAGAUCUACGAGUGAGGAGAAGGAGAGAAAAAACAAAAAGGAUGAAUAAAGCUCAUAAGCGACGUGGUAGCGUGGGUAUGAUAGAGGUUGAAGAAGGUGAAGAGAAAAGUCUCACUUCUUCCCUAUCUCUCACUUCUGCGCUAUCCGCUUCGGUCGUACUAGCUUCGAGAUUACCUUCAACCUCACAUGUAUUUUCGCUGGUCUUGCUUGCUGUAUUGCUUUUUGCUGGAUGGCCGCCCAUAGCUAAAGGUGUAAGAGAAGCAGGCAAGCUGCUCUCGCUGAUUUUAACAAUAUCGAUGGCGACCCUCUCAAUCUCCUUAUUCCCUUUGCGCGAUGACUCCUCACCUAGUCAUAUCAUAGGCGGUCACGAAAUUGUGCCUACUACGCCAACCCUUAUAUUGCUCAUCUCAUUGUGUCUGGUCAAUAUAAUCGGUCCAAUGAUGUUGAUAUACGCUUGGAGAUGGAAAACUAGGAGAGGAGGUGGUUGGGACGUAGCUGUUGUGAAGCUUCGAAAGGGCAGGAGUGGACCAGUAUCUUGA